GAGAGAGGGAGGAAGAGAGCAGCCUCACACCUCACGCCUAAAGACGACAGAAAGGACUCGCCUGCAUCUCUCCAACCUCCAGCCAGGCUGGUGACCCCAGCCCUAACUAACCAGAUCCAGAAAUAUGUCCACCUCCUCCUCUCCGGGGCCGUACUGCAAGCUGCUGGACAGCAUGCUUAAUCACACCCUGACCAUCACCCCGGGGGUGAACCUGGGAGUGGUGUGCAUCCACGGCCUGGUGUCCUGCCUGGGCAUCCUGGAGAACGCCCUGGUGCUCUGGAUCCUGGGCGUCCGCCUGCGCCGGACCACCGUCUCCUCCGUCUGGGUCCUCAACCUCGCCGCCUCCGACUUCCUGGCCACGCUGACCCUGCCUCUCUUCACGCACUACUUAAGCCAAUCACACAGCUGGGAGCUGGGCGGGCCGCUAUGCUCCGCCUAUGCUUUCGUCUUCUACCUCAACAUGUUUGUGUCGGCGUUCCUGCUGGCCGCCAUCUCGCUGGACCGCUGCCUCCUGGUGGCCAGGCCUGUGUGGAGCCAGAACCAUCGGUCGGUGGGCGGGGCAUGGAAGGUGUGUGGCGUCGGCUGGCUGUGGGCGGCGGCCAACGCGUUACCAUACUUCCUGUUCCGGGCGGUGACGGAGACACACGACAAGAGCAGAAGCCUGUGCUACCACAACUUUGCGCUGUACGCCUCACCGGCCGUGGAGACGGACUGCAUGGUGCGGCAGGCGGCAACAGCAGUGUCCAAGACGCUGCUGGCGUUCCUGCUCCCCCUGGUGGUCAUCGCGGGGAGUUACGGCCUCUUCUGCAUCAGCCUGAGGAAGAGGAGGAUGAGGAGGAAGGAGAACGCCGAGAGACUGGCAAGUACAUGGAUCCUGAACGAAGGGGGAGGAGGGCGUGGGGCUUCGAUCGCCAAGAUAUCCUCGAUCUUCAAGCCCUCGUCCAGGAAGCCGAACUCCACCACCACCCCUGCCUCCCCCGUCAAGCGAGGGGGGGAGGCGGGGCUGUCGCGAGGCUUCACCAAGAUGGUGACGGCGGUGAUCGCGGCGUUCGUGCUCUGCUGGGCGCCCUAUCACGUCUUCUGCCUGAUGGAGGUUGCGGCGCAGUACUGGUCCCCCGGCGUCAAGCUGGUGGAGGUGGGGUUGCCCCUGGCGACCACCUUCGCCUUCCUCAACCCCAUCCUCAACCCCGUCCUGUACGCCUUCAGCUGCCCGCAGUUCUGCGUCCGUGUCCGCCAGGGUCUGAGCGCCCUGGUGGAGGGGCUGGUGGAGGAGGAGGGGGGAGGAGGGGGGAGGAGGGGGCUCUCCUUGAAGCCUCUAGAGAAGAGAAAGGGAGGGAGGGGGGAACGGCUAGCCCAGCCUCCUCCACCCCCUCCGAUCCCCCUCCUCUCCCCCUCCUCCCCGUCUCUCCCCUCCCCCUCCUCCCACUCCUCCCCCUCCCUCUACGUCAGAUCCGAGGGAGGACAGGAGGAGACGGAGGAGAGGAGCGGUGCACAUUAAGAACCUGCCCCUCUGUUACUCCUUACGUGGAAACACAAUGUUCCAGAAGUUACAGUUGGAUUCCUCCUUUCGUGUUUUAGUUUUUUCUGUAAAUACCUUUGUGUUCAUAUGAAUAAAUUGCACCUUUCAUAUUUAA